AUGUCAAGUAAAAAGAAAGAAGAACUAGAAGUAAAUGCUUUUAUGGUCAACUCUAAAACUAAUACCAAGUCACAUGAAUGGUUUUUGGAUUCGGGUGCAAGCGAGCACAUGUCAUGGAACAAGGAAUUAUUUCAGGAAAUGUACAAAGUAAAAAUCCCUAGAAUGGUGCAAGUAGGAAAUGGUCAAAAGCUAGAGGUAAGAGGUUAUGGCAAAAUUAAGUUGUGGGCAUAUAAUGGCACAAGUCUUAUUGAAACUUGCCUUUCUAAUGUAUUAUAUAUACCUGAUUUAAAGUUCAAUCUCUUUUCUGCUGGUUGUGCACUUGAUAAUGGAUAUUUCUUGUCCUCUGAUAAUGAAAAAUGCACUUUUUAUGACAAAAAUGGAAAGAUAAGAGCUCAAGCUAUAAGACAGAAUAAGUUGUAUACAAUGUGUUUUUCUCAAGAAAAGUCUUAUGUCAAAUGCUUACAAGAUCAACAACUAACGUAA